GACAUGUCUUGUUCUAUGGUUUGUUGAUUGGAGGGAGAGUUUACUCUUGAUUGUUUACUAGUUUUAAGUGUUGGUUCAGAAAUAUAGAAAAUGCGUUGUGCAGUUUACGGUUGCAAUAGUGAUACGAAAGUUAAAACUCCAAAAAUAAAGUUUCAUAGAUUUCCAAAAGACAGUAUUUUAGGCAAGCUAUGGGAGAAUGCUUGUUGUCGUACGGACACAAUUAAUGUUGCCUCCGCUAGAAUAUGCUCCCAGCAUUUCAAAAAUGAGGAUUUUGAGAGAAAUUUUCAAUUUGAACUUUUAGGAUACUUGCCAAAAGCAGGUUUUAAACUUAAGCUUGGUGCAGUUCCUUCCCUAAAUUUGCCAGAGAUCAAAUCGCUAACAAAACAGCAGGUAGAUUAUAACGAAAGAGCUUCAAAGAAAUUUGGAAAAAUAGAUGCACAGGACAAUAUCGUCCUUGCUCUAAACAUAAGGUUCAGAAAAUAUGGCGGACUAGACGAAAAUAUUUCCAUUGACGAGAGUAUGAUACCAUACUACGGCAAACACUAUGCCAAACGGUACAUCAGAGGAAAACCCAUUCGUUUCGGAUUAAAAUACUGGGCAAUUUGUACAAGCUCUGGAUACCUGGUGUCUUUUGAGAUUUAUACAAGAAAAUCUCAAGAUAAUUCUGAUAAACGAGGAUUUGGGCUUGGAGGCGAUAUAGUGCUUAAAUUACUAGAAAAAUCGGAGAUUUUACCUAAUGGCUACAAUAUUUAUUUUGACAAUUAUUUCACUAGUUUACAUCUACUAGGACAUUUGUCGCAAAACAAAAUCUGUGCUACAGGAACUAUACGAGAAAAUCUAACAGGACACUGUCUGUUUCCUGAAAAGAAGUUUUGGAAAUUGCAAGAGAAGGGUAGUUACCAAUUUGUGGCCAAAGAUGAUACGCUCUUAGGCCAAUAGAAGGACAAUAAAAUAGUAACUGGGGCUUCAAAUUUUGAAAGCGAAGAAAUUGUUUACACAACAAGAUGAUGUAGGAUUUAGAAAUCCAGAAAACAUAUUUUACAACCAAAAUUAAUUGCCAAUUACAACAAAGGAAUGGGUGGUGUUGACAAAAUGGAUAGCCUCAUGCGCUUUACAGAUCCAGAAUACGGCAAAGAAAAUGGUAUUGGCCAAUGUUUGGUUAUUUGCUGGAUGCUGGUUACUUAUACCGACUCUACCCGAAUAAUCCCAGCUGUGCAUCUUUACUGAGUUUCCGUUGUUUUAUUGCUCUUGGUUUCUUGAACAAACAUGAAAAAAUGCUAUCAAGAGGAAGGACAACUUUAGCUCCUGAGAAUCCUUCUCAAUUUGACAAUGUGGGCCAUAUUAUUAAAUAUAAUGAAUCUGACAGAAGAUGUCAAGUGUGUAAAAAAAGAGCAACUUUAUUUGUAUAAAGUGCGAUUGUGGACUGCAUCCGAAAGCAUGUUUUGACCAAUUUCAGACAAAAGUGUGAUGUGUUAUGAAACCAAAAAAAAUACAUGUUGUAGUACAAGUUAUACUUCAAAAAUUUGUAUUCCUAAUAUGAAAUGUACCGAAAAGCCAAGUCUUAAUAAAAAUUUUCUUAAAGUA